AUGCGAGUGUUGAUGAUUGGGGACAUAAUCGGGAAGCCGGGACGCAGCGCCCUGGCUGAAUUGCUGCCCGAGCUGCGCCGCGAACUAACUAUCGACCUGGUCACGGCCAACGCGGAGAACACGGCCGGCGGGUUCGGCCUGACCCCCAAGACGGCCAACGCACUGCUUCAGGCCGGCGUUGACGUGAUGACGUCCGGCAACCACAUCUGGGACAAGAAGGAAAUCCUGCCCCACAUGGAGGAACUGCCGCUGCUGCGGCCGGCGAACUACUACGGCGCGCCGGGUCGGGGCUGGAUGAUGUUCGGCGACGUGAUGGUGCUGAACCUGCAGGGGCGGGUGUUCAUGCCGCCCAUCGACUGCCCCUUCCGGGAGGCCGACGCGCGGCUGGCCGAGGCACAAAGCGAGUUGGGGUUCGCGCCGAAAGCGGUGGUGGUGGACUUCCACGCCGAGGCGACCUCGGAAAAGCAGGGGCUGGCCUGGUACCUGGACGGCCGGGUGAGCGCAGUGGUGGGGACGCACACGCACGUGGCAACCGCCGACGCACGCAUCAUGCCGGGCGGGACCGCCUACGUCAGCGACCUGGGCAUGACCGGGCCGCAGGACUCGGUAAUCGGCACCGAGGUUGCGCCGGUGCUGGAACGGUUCCGAACCGGUCUGCCGCAGCGGUUUGAGCCGGCCAAGGGGGCCUGCAUACUGAACUCCGUCUUGAUCGACAUUGACGACGACACGGGCCACGCCCGGGACAUAGUGCGGAUCGACCGCCGGGUUGAAGCAUAA